AGGCGAAAAGGAGACAGGAGACCCGCAGGAGCCCAGGAGUUACCUCUCCUUCUCUGUUUCUGUUUUUUAAGCGAACCUGACUGCAUCUGCGACGCCGAUCACGAACCACCUUUUAUUCAAAGCGUCUGCGUCUGGCAGUUUUUUUUUUUUUUUCUUUUCCGAGGCGUUUCUUUUUUAGAAAUUCUCCAAACACGGAGCUAAACGAGGAAGACUUGAAACGACCCUCACUCAGUUCUGCAAUCAUGAUGUCGAUGAACAGUAAGCAGCCUUUCAGUAUGCACCCCAUACUCCACGAACCCAAAUACGCUCCUCUGCACUCCAGCUCGGAGGCCAUCCGCAGGGCCUGCCUGCCCACACCAUCGCUUCAGGGCAACAUCUUCGCCGGCUUUGAUGAGAGCUUGCUGCAGAGAGCCGAGGCUCUGGCCGCGGUGGACAUCGUGGCCCAGAAGAGUCAUCCGUUCAAACCAGACGCCACCUACCACACCAUGACCACCAUGACCAGCAUGGCCUGCACCCCGACCUCCUCCUCCGCGCACCUGCACCACCCAUCGGUGCUCACCUCCCACCACCACCCGGUGCAUCACCAGUCGGCGCAGGGCCUGGACGGCGACCUGCUGGACCACCUAACACCGGGCAUCUCCCUGGGUGGCAUGGCCGGCUCGGACGUCUGCUCCACGGCCUCGCACACCGCCCACGCCGCCCACAUGUCGGCCAUCAACCACAUGCAGCACCACCACCACCACCAACAGUCCAUGAACAUGCACCCGCACGCGCAGCUGUCCCACGGCUCCCUGGGGUCCACCGGCUUAGACUCGGAGCCCGAUCCCCGGGAGCUGGAGUCGUUCGCUGAGAGAUUCAAACAAAGGCGAAUCAAACUCGGGGUGACACAAGCGGACGUGGGCUCGGCCCUGGCCAACCUUAAGAUCCCCGGGGUCGGGUGUCUGAGCCAGAGCACCAUCUGCAGGUUCGAGUCCCUGACGCUGUCGCACAACAACAUGGUGGCCCUUAAGCCGAUCCUGGAGGCCUGGUUGGAGGAGGCGGAGAGGGCGCAGAGGGAGAAGAUGUCCAAGCCAGAGAUCUUCAACGGGGGCGACAAAAAGAGGAAACGAACGUCAAUCGCGGCCCCGGAGAAGCGCUCCCUGGAGGCUUAUUUCGCCGUGCAGCCGAGGCCCUCGUCGGAGAAGAUCGCCGCAAUCGCCGAGAAACUUGACCUGAAAAAGAACGUGGUCCGGGUUUGGUUUUGCAAUCAGAGGCAAAAGCAGAAACGAAUGAAGUUUUCUGCGACGCACUAAGACCAUGCUGGGGGAACCUGCGGGAGUCUGCCCUGUUUACAAAAAAGACAAACCAGAGACAAGCUGCUGCACACUGUCAGAAAAACAAGGUACACCGUUGUGCCUGUUGUUACUGGGGCUGGACCUGCUUGACACACAGCCAGGGUUUAAACAAAAUGAUAUCCAUUU